GAAACGGAAGGUUAUUAAUGCCUCUCCAUUUUUUAAAAUUUAAAAUGUAGCUACUCCAUGCGCAGCCAGAAAAGCUCAGGCAAGCAAGAAAGCUCGAACGCUUCAGAGAGAGAGAGAGAGAGAGAGUGAGUGAGUGAGUGAUAGGGAGCAAGCGCUUACCAGUUCGGUUUUGAGAAAUAGGGUUUUGGUGUCCCAUGUUUUAUCUGUAGAUGAUGGAGAUCUUCUCACUGGAAUCACUGCCGCUGGGAUUUAGAUUCCGACCCACCGACGAGGAGCUCAUCAACCACUACCUCCGUCUCAAGAUCAACGGCCGCCAUUCCCAGGUCCGGGUUAUUCCCGAGGUCGACGUUUGUAAAAGGGAGCCUUGGGAUUUACCUGGGCUUUCUGUAAUAAAGACGGACGAUCCCGAGUGGUUCUUCUUCUGUCCCCGUGACAGGAAAUAUCCAAACGGGCACCGUUCUAACAGGGCCACUGAUGCUGGAUACUGGAAGGCCACAGGUAAGGAUCGCACCAUCAAGUCACGGUCUGGCCCCAAUACAGAUUUGAUUGGGAUGAAGAAGACCCUUGUUUUCCACAGAGGCCGUGCUCCCAAGGGUCAGCGCACUAACUGGAUCAUGCAUGAGUAUCGCGCUACUACCAAGGAUCUUGAUGGCACUGGCCCAGGCCAGGGUGAUUUUGUUCUCUGUCGCUUGUUUCGAAAGCCUGACGAGAAUGUUGUGAAGGCUAAUGUUUUAAAGUAUGAUGAAGUGGAACCAACUGGCUUGUCUCCAACCACAACCAAGUCAUCACCUGAUGACACACCAUCUGAUUUUGUUCAGGAAACUGUAUCGUCUGAUAUGCCAGUUGGAAAGCAAUCAGAAUUUAUUGAAAGGUGGCUGGCUGAUGAGUCUGAUAACAUGACCUCUAUUACUCCAGCACAUGCUGAAGGAUGCUGCAAUAAUUCUAUGGCUUCUGAUGAGGAAGAUUAUGUACUAGAAGAAACAACUUUAGAGGCAUCUCCCCUUCUGGGACAAGAGUUCAACAUAUAUGAGCGUACUUAUGGUCGAACAGAUUGCAAGGUUUUUUCUCCAUUGCAGUUUCAGAUUGAGACAGAAAUAGGACCAUACUUGGAUUCACCUUUUGCCAGUGACUUUGGUAACAAUCAUAAUGGAUUCCUUUUUCAAGAUGGCAGCAGUGAACAGGAUGUUUUGCUUACAGAAUUGUUAGAUGAGGUUUUCAAUAACCAUGAUGAAUGCUCAGGUGAAGAAGGGUCCAGCCAGAAAAACUCAGCUGUUGGAAGUGAGGCCCAAGUGUUUGGUGAUGUUUGCCGGUCGCCUGACAAACUAUUGGAAAAUUCUUCUGUUAGGGAUAGUGGGUCACACAAUGAAAUGGACACUGAAAUGGCCCAAGACCAGUACAAUCCUGAGAUGGGAGCUUCCAGCUGGUUUGGAGAGUGUGUGGACAACAAGGAUGCGUUGCAGGAGCAAAUAUUUUCUAGAUCUUACCAAGCUCAUAUGCAGCCUGAAGAAGAUAUCGAAAGGGGGAAGAUGGAUGCCUGUUGUGAUGAUUUUGUUGGAAUAGAUGCUUCACUUUCUGAUUCUCAUGCGCUCCAUGGUUUGUUCAAUAAUAUGGAUAGAUCUCCAACUCAGACAAACAUCAGUUGCGAUAAUGUUGGGGAAACUAGAAUCAAGAUUAGGACGCGACAACCACAACACCAACUAAGUUCUGACAACUUAAUUACACAGGGCAUUGCUCCAAGAAGAAUCCGUUUGCAGAUGGAUCUUUUGCCUAGCUCAGUUGGUAAAUUGGGAGACACAAAUAGCCCGGAAGAGGAUCAUGAAUCACAGUCGAGUGUUACUGAGGCUGGAGAAGGUGUGGAACAAAUUCUGGUUGCUGAAGAUGCAGAAAAAGAGACGUAUCUCCUUGAUUUUGAUCAGGGAGGUACAACUGCUCAAGAUUGUGUUGCCUCUAGAAUAAUCCAUUUUUCAGAGAAAAAAUUGCCUAGCUCAGUUGGCAGGGUGGGAGAUGGAAAUCACUGUGAAGAGGAGCAGGAAUCAGAGUCAACUGUUACUGAGGAUAUUCUAACCACCAAUGAGGCAGAAAAGGAGAGGCACCUCCUUGACAUUGACAAGGAAGGGAAAAUUGCCAGGGAGCACACUAGAAAACCGAGGUUGAGGAUGCAUCACUUUGAUAGUGAAUCAGAUGGUGGCUCGGUGGACUUGUCAGUUCCUACAAAGGCGCUUCCUACUGAUCGCGGUUUUGCUCUCUCAUCAGUUUGUGUAGUUGGUGUUUCUUUGGUUGUAACCAUGCUCGCAAUUGCUAUUGGGGCAUGGAGAUGCCUUUGAUUCUGAUGUUGCAUCACAGUAAAGCUACUUGAUAGAGGUCUAUAUGUUGUAAUUCUGUGUAUUAGUAUGCAUGUGUGCGCGCAGGGUGGGUUCAUAUUUUGUUUAUUUGUUCAAGGCCAGUACUACUAUUCUAGUGAAUGUGUGUAUUUUUUUAAAUAGCUUAGUGUGGCGGUGGUUAUUUGUAAUCCUAAAGACAACGGGAUGUGUAGUGUGGAGGCAUUGUUUU